AUGGAGUGCGUGGCGGACCAGUCAUCGCAGGGACAGGAAACACCGGACUCUAGCACGACCUUCACCCCUGACAAGUAUAAAAUCGUUCUGCUGGGGGACGGAGGGACAGGGAAGUCAAGCUACGUAUCCAUGCUUACGAACGCAAGCUUUAGGAAGGAGUACAUCGCCACCUUGGGAGUAGAGAAGCAGGAAAUCUCCCUCACCACCUCCCAUGGACCUUGCAUCGUGGCUCUCUGGGACACGGCUGGGCAGGAGAAGCUGGGUCCUUUACGUGAUGGUUACUACGCCGGUGCCCACGCUGCGUUCAUCUUCUUUGACGUCACCUCCCGCAUCACGUACAAAAAUGUCCCCAACUGGCACAGGGAUGUCUUGAGGGUGUGUCCGGAUGUCCCCGUCGUCCUGUGCGCGAAUAAGAUCGACGUGAAGGAAAGGAAGGUGAAGAGUAAGGGUAUCACGUACCACACGAAGGAAAAAAUGGGCUUCUACGAGAUGAGUGUGAAGGAAAGGAUAUGCCUGAAGGAGCCACUUCAGUACCUCCUUCAGCAGGUAACCAAGGAGCCUGAGCUGACCAUCAAGGACUCAGUGGAUGCAGAGCUCUUCAGUGGUGUUGGGGAGCUCAGUCUGCUGCAGCCCACAUAG